UUAAUUUAACGUCCGUAACUAAUAAGAAUGUCUUUCGUAAACUUCGGAAAUAGCUCAGAAAAUAUUUAUAUUAGAUACCAAUAAUUACAUGGUGACGUUGACGUUGUCCUCGUCACGAAUCCCUCAACUUUGCCAACUUCCUGCCAACGGUUCUGUCUUUUAGCGGCGGUUAUAUCCAACUUUAUACGUCACUUUAUUUUUGAGAUAAUUCUUCUUCGUCUCAUAAUUUACCAUAAACACUGUUAUUUUACUGGGAAAAUGUACAAAAUAAAAAUCACAACGCUAUAUAUUUUAAUGUUAAAACGUUUUUUUUUCUCACACGGAAAAAAACUGCGGUUGACUUCAGGGACAUAUUAAGAGGCCAUCUGUCAUUUAUCGCCCUCUGUUGGUUAGUUUAGGCACUGCAGCUGUGCAGCAGAAUGCCACUCACGUCUGGUUUGUAAUUUCAACUGAUUAGAUGUUUGUCUUUCGGAGGCCGUUUGUAGACACGGUUCCUCAGGCUGCAGCCGUCAUUCCAAGUGAGACUUCAGGGAGUUUAUUCCAUAUUUUUGUGAACGUUUCACCUCGGCUCAGCAGGGACUGCACACCUUCGUUCUGCUCCUCCCCCUCCUCCUCCUCUCUCUCCUCCUCCUCCUCCUCUUCCUCCAGCGCAGGAGAGCGCACAGUGGACUCUUCAUCACCGGAGUACAGAAGCUGCACCAGGAACAGGAGGAGAAAAAAAAACCCACCCAGGAUAGGACUGUGGAGGAGGGCGUUUUUUUUAAAAAAAAAGAUAAACAUUAGGGUUAAAAUAAUACAUUUUUUUAUUUUAUUUAUUUUGUUGUUGUUGGGAUUCCGGUGCCGACCUGAAAGUCUCGGAGGUCGAAGGACGAAGUUUCCAUCCCAGCAUGGCUUCCCUGAUGAACUCCGUGUGUCUCCUCUUCCUGCCUGUUGCUCUGCUCCUCAUGCUGAGUCCAUGUCCUGUGGCUGCAGCGUCAGCCCGCAGGUGUCACUUCAUCUACAAGGGUUUCGCUCAGUGCCUGAUGGCGUUGGGCGACAGUCUGACAGACAGCGCGCGCAAAGACGAGGACACGCACGAGAUACACUCCAUCUGCAGAUCGUGGGACGAGUUCCACGACUGCGCCAACGUGGCCAUGGCCGGCUGUCCGAACGAGGCGGCAGCUGUCUGGGAGUCUCUGCGGCAGGAGUCCAAAAAGAUGCAGUUCUCCGGAAACCUCUACGACAUGUGCUCCAACCGGAACAGCCACCCGGUCUCCGCCGUCUCCUCGGUCUUCUCCUCGCACGGCCCCUCCAACCAGGCGGAGAUCAACCAGGAGUCCCUACGAGGUGGCGCUCACCACGUGACAGGCUCCGUCCACCUCCUCCUCCUCCUCCUCCUCUCUCUGCUCCUCCUGCUGUUUUGGAUAUAAGUCAAGCACAGACGCGGGACUGGUGUGAAUAUGUGUAAACUUUGUGUAUUUUCCGUCUCUUUCCACACGCCCUCAGACUCUCCACUGUGUUUUCCUCUGCUCUGACGGAGGCUGACUACCGUUAACUGCAUGUUCCGAGGCCGCAGCACUCCUUUUGAUAAUGUAUCCUUCCACCGCCCGCGCUGCUUCGUCCAUGUUUUCCCGCCUUUCUAUUAUAUAUCCCACAUAUGUUCACGGAAACCCAACCACACAAACAGAUGUGGCCUCGUUUCCUCUGCCCUCAUCUCCUACGUCCUUAAAUCUGCUCAGCAUGAGUUUAUACAAGGCAACAACAAAAAGAUGUAAUUUAAAAAAGAGUUUAAAAAAGUUUUGAUCAAAAAGCCAGGAGCUGAACAUUUCUGUAUCUGUUACAGGGUAAAUAAAACACCCUACAUUUGGAGUGACAGCCCACGAAUGUAGGCCACAUUGCUUAAAUAUACUCCAAUAUACAUGUAUGUGUACCUAAUAUGGUCCACAUGUGAAUUAACAAAUGUGAACCAAACCACAGGAAGGUCUCUGUUGACAAUUACAUGGUCCUUUUGGUCAUGUGGCCCAGCUUGUGACCCAGAUUUGUUGAGCGGACCACAUGAUAAAUAUAUGGGCCUCAGUGACCACAUGGCCGUCGCAGACGUUUUUUUUUCUACUUUCUCUUCUGUUUCUUGUCAAUCCUGUGAUGGAUGUUAUUGAAUGAUAGAAAAAAUAUGUCAAAGUAGCUCCAGGGGGCGCUGUCGGAACCAAAUUGUGGUCCCACAACACCAGAAUUAUUUUGUGUCUUUAUUUAAAUUUAAGAAAGUCACAUAAAGAGUGGGGUGCCCAACUCCUGAUCCGGGGGUUUGAUGCUGGUCCGUAGGUCAUUUGGUACCGGUCCACAGUGAAAAAAUCUACUUCAUUUUUAUUAAUGUACUUCAUUCUAAAAGAAUCCAGUCAUAUCUGUUUACUUUAUUCAUUCAAAGAUAAUCUGUCAAUGUUUUUUUUAGAAAUUUAAUCAUCCUUUAACGACGGCCGUGGUACUACUGAUCCGCAGUAACGACUGUUACCAGUCGAUUGGUCCUUGGUACAAAAAAGGUUGGGGACCUCUGAUGUAAAGAAAUCCUUUUUUUUUGUUUGUUUGUUUUUUCUGGAGCUGAAACUAAACAGAAUCAGAGCUGAAGGUUUUUAUUUGAUGCUUAUCCAGGUAGAAAGUCCUCUGGGCCUCCUCUUCCUCUUCCUCUUCCUCCUCCUCUCCAAAUCAAUUUCCAUUCCUUCCUCCCGUUUGCUUUCCUGCUCUGCAGCCACACAAUAUGGAACCGAGGUGUUUUCUGGUCCGAAUCACAGUCCGAGUCCGAGUGUAUUUCACACUCGAUGGGUCGUAGUGUUGGCCCUGCUGAAAACUGCUUGUUAUUCUGCGGCGCUGCAGGUAACAGUGGUUUGUGUCUGGCCCAGGGUUAGUUUAUCAUCACAUCACAGAGACACUCAGACGAGUAAACCUGAGGAAACAAACACUGUUCUGCCUGGAUGAGGAGAGAAUCAGCCUUGUCUAACUGUGUGUUUUACACCAGGGGCUUAAACUUGUUGAUUUUCUCUCCAAAAAAAAAAAAAAAAAUCAAAUCAAAUUCUCUCUGACUUUAAAGCCGUUCUAUCGGCUGUGAAGAAACUCGAAACGAAAUCCUCAAAGGCUACGACAGCGGACUAAGAAUUAAUGACAGAAACGCUAAUUAGACGAAGAGGUUCAGGGGAUUUGGGUGAUUGCUGAGUCUUUAGUGCUCGACGUGGUCUGGCCUCAGCCUUGGUGCUAAUGAGAGGCAGGAACUCAAAGCAGCGAUGACAACGUUUCUUGAUUUAAUUUAUACCCGGUGUUUCAUCUGCCUUGUAAAUUAGAAAGUGUUGUAGUAGCCUGUUGUAGCUAACGUUAGCUCUGGUGUCUGUACAGAGGUUUUUGUAGCUAACAUUAGCUCUGGUGUCUGUACCAGUACCGUUGUAGCUAACAUUAGCUCUGGUGUCUAUAUUCACAGCAACAAGUUUUACAUUGAGGUGAUUUUACGCUUGAGGUCGAUGUCGGCAAAUUAAAUUGAAGAAAAACGAAGAAAGUAAGCAAGUAAAUUGAUCGUUAUAAAGAUGUUAAAGUCCCAGCUUCCACUACAAAAAACCGUGCAAACGAUCUGAUCCGAAGGAACUAUUCCACAGAAUAAAACUGCGGCACGACCAGCAGCAUCUCCAAACUGCACUAAUGGGACAGAAAUACCAGCGGCUGCAAACACAGACUGGAGAAUACCAUCAACAGCAUCUGCCAACUGUAACUUACAUUAACAUUAAAAAAAA